AUAGCUGCAACUGCAUAAAUUCUCAAUUGGUUUCAGUGGCUUAUUGACGAUCGAGCUGUAGAGCGUAAUUUGUAAAUGCAUGAGUAAUAUGUUUCUUAUUGACUUUAAAAUCACUUUAAACCUUAGAUAAAAUUGAGAGCUUCUUCUGCAUCAAUGAAGUAGGGUAUCAAUAAAGUAACCUAUUAUGACAUUAAGUUUUAUCAGUCAUCAGUACAAUUUGUAAGAGGUUAAGAAAUCGUAUUAUAAACAUGGCUGAUCGUUUGACACAACUGCAGGACACCAUAAAUCAGCAAGCAGAACAUUUCUGCAACAGUGUUGGAAUUCUACAGCAAUAUUCCACACCGAGUAAAUUUCCUGGCUUUGAUCGUAUAGGAACACCACAGCCCCAUCAGACCCAAGAAGAUUAUGCUGCACUGUUUGCAACGCUGAUAGCAAGAUGUGCCAAAGACAUCGAUACAUUGAUAGAAAGCCUUCCAAGUGAAGAAUCCUCACAAGAACUCCAAGUAGCCAGUUUGAGUCGUCUUGAACAAGAAAAUCAAGAAGCUGGAGAACAACUAGAAGAAAUUGUAAGACAAGGUGAAGCACUGCUACAGAGAAUCCAAGCAGCACUGCAAGAUAUUGCUCAGAGCCAAUUAGAUAUGCAGAAUCCUACAGCAACAGCAAUAAUUAAUACAAAUUUAAAUCCUAUAACCAAUUUCAAACAAGAACCCCUAAGUUCCAUGAAUAACGUGCCUUCCACAAAUUCUCAUCAACUCCCUGAUCCAUCACCAAAUUCCAAUCAAUAAUCAAUUUCAAUUCAGUAAUAAGCAUCCUGUAUAAAACUUAAUUCUUAAAUAAACAAGAUUUUUUCCUGAA